GCAUCUUUCUUUGAGAUUUUUAGUCGUAGGCCUAUCUGUUGCAGUUAAAUUGUUAUAAUGCAAUAUUUUAUUGUGAAAAACAACGAGGUGAGGCGUGAUGAACCACAAUAUCCCAGUGGAAUAGAAGUUAAGGUGUUUAUAAGUCCUUUCUGUGCAUGAGAGGCUUUAAGGUACGAGUCCGCAUCGUCUGCAUGAUUGUGAGUGAAGAUUCUUUGCUGAGCUCAGCUUUUCUUAUCGUCUCGUUUACCAUGACCCUUGUUUUUUAUAGAUUGAGUACUCAGCACGUGCGAGUUUUCUGUAUUACAGUUUUAUGAUUCCUAAAUUUUGAGCGCAAACGCAGCUUCUUAAGAGAUUUCAGAGAAAUAAUGUAUCUCUUCACCUGAAAAAGCUUCCCAAACUCUGCAGCUGAAGCUCUUUAUGUGACUAUAUGGACAUGGCACAGCUGCAUGUGGAAACCGACGGAAUCUUAAAGGAGUCGGAUGACUAUUUGGAAUAUGGCAGGAACAACACCCGUGAUUAUGAUUAUGAUUACGAUGCAGCGAAUACAGUGAAUAACACUACAGUGUUUACAGUGUUUAACAGCACAGUGGAUAAUGUUCCUGUGGAAAGAGGCAGUGAGGCAGUGUGGGUCCCUGCUCUGUAUGCUGUAGUGUUUUUUGUUGGAAUCCUGGGAAAUAUUAUUCUCCUGAGAGUUCUGGUUCAAAAAAGGAGACAGUGGAGCCUAUCGGACACCUUUAUUCUCCACCUGAGUUUUAUGGACAUCCUCCUCCUGUUGAUGCUGCCCUUCUGGGCUGCACAGACAACUGAGCUUUGUGACUCGUUUUGGGGGAUUUUCAGCCGGGUCUUUGGAGUCGUUUUCAAGCUCAACUACUACUGUGGAAUCUUUCUGCUGUUUUGCAUCAGUCUUCAAAACUACCUCUCUGCCAUCCAUGGCAUCCAGUUGUAUUCCCACGAGAAGCCCUUCUUUGUUCACAUCAGCUGCCUGUCAGUCUGGCUUAUCUCUGUCAUCCUCACCGUACCUGAAUGGAUUUCCCCAGGGGCUAAAAAGGACUCCACAGAAGAGAAAACAUGUGUUCACAUCUACCCUCAAUCUGGAACUGACUGGCAGUUGUGGUCACGCCUGCUCCACCACAUAUUUGGCUUGGUGCUACCUGCAGUCAUGCUGAUGAUCUUCUCACAUAUGCUAUGGCGGCAGUGCAGCUCUAAUGGGGCCCGAAUCCAGAGAAAUGUCACCGUCAUCCUGUCUCUGGUGGGCGUAUUCUGUGUGUGUUGGAUGCCGUACAACUUCAUAUUUUUUUUGGACACUGUCCAGAACAGACUUCAGAAACAUCCUGAUGAUUUACAUAAAAGCUCUGAAGGUUCACUAAAAAUACUUCUUAUGGGCACCUCUGCGUUAGGCUGCCUUCACGCCAGCCUGAGGCCUCUGCUGUAUCUCGGCCUGUGUGGAAACUUCAGGCAACACUUACUGGCCAUGCUGAGAUGUAAUAAAACUGAACCAAAAGGCUCACUCUGGGAUCUUGGUGUAGGCCAGAGACAGCAGCCUGAUCACGGUCAGGAUCAACAGCAAGAACUGAAACAGAUGACGGAUGCAGAGAAUCCGUUAGCUUAGUGAAGAUGAACAUACUCUCUUGCGACUCAAGUGUGAGAUGAGCAGCUUUACACUCCUGAGACGAAGUGAAUUCAGUUUCAUGUCAUGAGUUCAUGGGGUGGAGGACUUGUUUCUGCGUAACUGACAAGCAGAUGUUUAUACAUAAAAAUGACUCUCACAUUCCACACAUGCAUCAUGGUGACAUAUGCUCACCCAAAAGGGUUAAAACAGAUGUCUGUAUUUUAUUUUUGAAUUAUUUAAAAUAAAGGUAUUUAGCUUUUUAUGAUUAGUAAAACAUUUGUGUUGCCAAUUAACAGUUUUCAACACAGUUAUCGUAAAGUUAAUAUCAUAAUCUUUGAAAUUCAGUGUAAUGCAAGUUGUUACCUUUGGCAGUGUUAUUGACAUCGUAUGUUAAACAGUCCCAAACAGUUUAUAACUUUAACACCAUUAAAACAAUUCAGUGUUUAAGCUUUC